UUCUUGUUCUUUGUUUCUUUUGUUCUCCCUAAUUUAAUACUCAUGCUGUGACCAUAAUAAGUCCAUAACAAAAUCAAAGAAUUGGUCAUGCUUUAAUUUUCGUAAUAUUUUUCGUAUUUUCAGCUUCUGAAAAAAGAAAAAAGAAAAAAAGGGACCGUCUUUACCAAUCGGCAAGUGCCACGAUCCAUCCUACGAAACUUCAAUCUUGGGGUUUCUCUUCUUCUUCUAGAUCGAUGGAAAUGGGUCUUACCAGCCGCCGUUGACGACUACGACGACCAUUCUCUUCCUCUAAUAUAGCCUCCUUCUGCUUUUCUCUAUUUCCUUCUCCCCCAUUCACCACACAGAGAUCUCCUAUCAGCUAUGUCUUCUACUAAUACGCCAUCUUCUAGCGCCGCCGCCGCUGCCGGAUCGGUAGAUUCCUCCGCUGCCCGGAGAAACUCCAAACGACCCAAGUAUUCGAAAUUUACACAGCAGGAGCUUCCAGCUUGCAAGCCAAUUCUUACGCCUGGUUGGGUGAUUUCAACAUUUUUGAUCAUUAGUGUUAUCUUCAUUCCCCUUGGAGUUAUUUCUCUCUUUGCUUCUCAGGAUGUUGUUGAGAUCGUUGAUCGGUAUGAUAGUGCAUGCGUACCUCCACCUGAUCAGGCUAACAAGGUUGCAUACAUUCAAGGAGCUGCAAAUAAAUCUUGUACCCGGACGCUAAUAGUGCCUAAGCGUAUGAAGCAGCCUAUCUACGUAUAUUACCAGCUUGAGAACUUCUACCAGAAUCACCGCAGGUAUGUGAAAAGCCGAAGUGAUUCACAAUUGAGAAGUGUGAAAGAUGAGAAUCAAAUAGACGCAUGCAAGCCUGAGGAUGAUGUUGGUGGGCUGCCAAUUGUGCCAUGUGGUCUAAUUGCUUGGAGUCUCUUUAAUGACACAUACGCUCUAUCAAGAAAUAACCAGCGUUUAGCGGUAAACAAGAAAGGAAUCGCAUGGAAGAGUGACAGGGAACACAAGUUUGGGAAAAGGGUGUUUCCCAAGAACUUUCAGAAGGGCAAUCUCACUGGUGGUGCCAUUCUAGAUCCAAAUAUAUCAUUGAGUGACCAAGAGGAUCUGAUCGUGUGGAUGAGGACUGCAGCAUUGCCAACAUUUAGAAAAUUAUACGGGAAGAUAGAGAGUGACUUGGAGAAGGGUGAUAACAUACAAGUGACUCUGCAGAACAACUACAACACAUACAGUUUCAGUGGGAAGAAGAAGCUUGUUCUGUCAACAACAAGUUGGCUUGGUGGAAAGAACGACUUCCUCGGCAUUGCUUACCUCACUGUUGGGGGAAUCUGUUUCUUCUUGGCACUUGCAUUUACCGUCAUGUAUCUUGUGAAACCCAGGCGACUCGGUGAUCCUACCUACUUGUCGUGGAACAGAAUUCCUGGAGGUCGGUAAACAAAUGACUGCAUUACCUGCGUGUAUAAAUCUACUUAUCCGUGGUUGUAAUUUCAUCCAAAACUGAGAGCGAUGAUUUUUUUUUCUUUAAUAUAGAUGUGAAAUGUAUGUAUAAUGUUACAGUUGGAAGGUGCUCAUUACAUAGAAUGAUUAUUGGCUUCCUAUCA